AUGUUCUUUGAAGAACUGGACAUCGCUACCGGAGACAUUUUGUUUUUUAAAAAGGAUGGUAGUAGUGAUAAUAAUAGUGAGUUCAUGGAAGCAAUCGCUACUGUCGGCGCAGAAUCAGUUAUACACGUCGCAUUCAUUUACAUAAUUGCUCCUAAUAAGUUGGGUAUACUUCAUGCAGUACCGGAACUAGGUGUGUGCCGGGAAUUUCUGCCUGAUGUGAUUAACGUGAUGAAACCCGAUAGUCUCGAAAUCUUUCGGGUUGAUCGAUUACCACCAGAUGUCCGUAUCCGUGCAUACCAGUGGGCUGUAUCCAAAAUUGGUACCAGAUAUAACGAUGUUUUCUCACCAGAGAUGAGGGAUUCUGCGGGUUAUGAAGCCUAUUAUUGCUGUCAACUGAUAAUAAGAUCGUAUGAAGCAUUGGGCAUUAUGGAUUUCUGUAUGCCUCAUAAAUUGAAUUUUAAAGGUAUCGACGGUAAAAUUCUACCGUAUUGGGCGAAGUACUAUCGAAUACGAUCUUCUGUGAUACCACAGGGUGCACCGGGCUCACAUCCGGCGAUAUUAAUUCGUUCUAAAUAUCUGGUACGUCAUUUUUCCAAAAUUUGCAUGUCGAAGGGGAAGUUUACUAUCCCGAAAACUAUUGAUAGCGCAUUGCAUUUUGUGCGUGGGGCUCGUGUAAUACCAAAAGCUAGCAGAUUCUUCAAUGUUUAUCAACCAAGAAAUGGUGAAAUAUUAACGAGAUGUUCUUGUGCGAGCAAUGAAUUGGUGGAUGAAGUGGUGAAAGAUAGUCAUGAGGUACUGCAGUCCUGGUCAAAUUUCAAUGCUCAGAAGCGUGGAGUAAUUUUGAGGAAAGCAGCUUCCAUUAUUCGGAGUUUUGGCGACCAGUUAGCCUAUUGGGAAACGGUUGAUUGUGGUAAACCGAUUGAAGAAUCACGAUGGGAUAUAACUUGUUCUGCGAAUACUUUUGAAUUUUUCGCUGGCACUGCGCAUAAUAUUGCCGGUAAUCAUUUCUCACUUGGUGGAGACCGGUAUGCAUAUACAGAGCGUCUACCUUGGGGAACCAUUGGUGCAAUCGGUGUUUGGAAUUAUCCAGUGCAAACAGCAUCAUGGAAAAUCGCACCUGCUUUGAUGUGUGGUAAUGUUGUUGUGUAUAAGCCAUCACCCCUUGCUCCUAUCACGUCUGUACUUUUAGCACAAAUACUUCAAGCAGCUGGUCUUCCAGAUGGUGUGUUAUCUGUCUUACAGGGUGAUGGUGAGACAGGUCAAGCAAUAUGCGAGCAUAGUGGCAUCAGUAAGGUGACAUUUACGGGUAGCUCUGAAACGGGAUGUGCGAUACUCAGGUCAUGUAGUUUAUUAGGUAAGAUCAAGCCAGCAACUCUAGAAUUGGGUGGAAAAAGUGCGAUGAUCAUUUGCGAAGAUGCUGACAUUGAUAUGGCGGUUACUGGUGCUUUCAUGGCCAAUUUCUUUUGCCAAGGUGAAGUAUGUUCAAAUGCAUCAAAAAUUCUGGUACAUAUAUCAUGUUACGACAAAUUUCGACGGAAAGUAGUGGAGCGAGCUAAGCGUUUGGUGAUUGGUGAUCCGUUAUUGAAGGAAACGAAAAUUGGCGCAACAAUUUCUCCCGAACAUCUAAUGAAAGUUAAAUAUUACAUUGACGAAGCCGUACAGCAGGGUGCCACUUUACUGUGUGGUGGAGACAGGGUAACAGUCAAAGGUCUUGAAAACGGUUAUUACUUAUCACCAGCUAUUUUGGAUUGUGUCAACCAACAAAUGCGAAUUUAUAAAGAAGAAGUGUUUGGGGCCGCCAUGUUAAUCAUUCCCUUCGAGGAAAAUGAGGCAUCCGUUUUGUUGAAAGACAUAAAAGAUGACAAUUUUAUGAGGAACGAUGCGAUUCGAAUGGCGAACGAUACCCAAUAUGGGCUUGCUGCUGGUCUUUUCACAAGAAAUCUGCAUUUGGCUUAUUCAAUUGCAUCAAAGCUGCAAGCUGGCAAUGUUUACAUCAAUACAUUUAACGAUACAAAUCCAAUGAUACCUUUCGGUGGUAUGAAACAGUCAGGUUUCGGGCGGGAGAAUGGCAUUGCUGCCCUUGAAGUCUUUUCUCAAUCAAAAAGUGUAUUUGUGAAUGCUUCCGACAAAUUGGUUGAUCCGUUUCUGUAA